GGGGGGCGGGGGGGGGGAAUCUGGACACCCUCUGAAUUGAAUAGGACCCUCUGCAGGCAGGCAGGCAGGCCGUGCUUUUUUUUUGCCUCUCUCAAUGUGCUUUUUACCAAAUGGAAGCAGAGGUGCUGAACCCCCAGAUGAUGGCAGACGUCAAUGGCAACAAUAAAAUCACCAACGCGGAGCUGGAGGUGUUAAAGCUUCAGGAAUUGGUCCGAAAAUUGGAGAAGCAAAACGAACAAUUGCGGACCCGAGCGAACGCUGUAAACAAUUGCUCCGUCGGCCCUCAUCUCCAGACGUCGCUGUCUUGUCUACACAUUGGUGCGCCGUGCGCGACUGACAUUUUCUCCAGUAAAUAUGACAUUCUAAGUCCGACACUGUCGCAUCUUUUCGCCCCCGCCGGACCCAGGGGUUCACCGGAGGAGCCGUUCGCCUAUUUCCAGCCCAGCUCGUCGUCUCCUGAGGCUGCUGGGGAGGACAGCGGCACCGAGGGAGAAACAACUGUUUUGGAUGAGGUUGAUAUUUUGGACCUGAACGUCGUGCUCCCCAUAGGAGAGCCUGAUAGCUGGUUGUAUGUGAGCCCUAAAUCCAAGCUGCACGGUGACAGUGUCCUCAGCCCUCUGCAGUGGUGCAGGCAGGUACUGGACCAUCCAGGGCCCGAGGUGGAGCUGGCCAGGAUGACCCUCUGUCACCGACUGGACCAAGCCAAGCGAAGGCGAGGCGUCUCCUCCGUCCGUCCUUACAGCUGCAUAGAGGGGCUCAACACCCUCAGCUGCCCCGUCCUGCCUUACUCUAAACCUGCUGCACUAACAGAACCCCCAGCCCCGUUGCUCUCCUCUAGUCCGUCUUUUAUCCAGCCGACUCUCCCGCUCAGGGCAAGCUGCAGUUUUGGUGACAGAGCGCCCACCUUCCUAUCAACUACCACUCCCCACACCGUGGGUCGCCGGCAUGCAGCAAUCAGCCCCCAGUCUUCCCUGGACAGUGAGGUGGGUGUGUCAGAGCUGGAGAACGACUCCAUCUCUAUGAGCUACAAACUGCAGGACAUGACGGACGUGGAGGUCAUGGCACGACUUCAGGAGGAGAGUCUCCGACAGGACUAUGCCUCUACCUCAGCCACGGUUAGCCGUCGCAGCUCCAGCUUCUCCUUACACUCCCUCCGGCGGGGUGAGAUGGAUCUGGAGGAGGAGGACGAGGAGGACGACGUGUACGACCAGCUCCCUCCUCCCCAGCCUCGACUCUUCCGCACAGGGUCUAUGCAGCGGGGGAGCCUGCCCCACUCCCACACCUUCUCAAGUAUCAGAGAGUGCAGGCGCAGCUCCCUCACCCCUCAGUUUUCUCUCAGCGGACUCUCACAGUACUCCGGACCUUCCAGCCUCACAACAGAUACACAAACAGCGUACAGGAAUAGCACAGACAAGCUACGGAGAAGCAUGCCCAACCUGAUCCGAGCUCCCAGCAUGCCCAGUGUUCCCAGUAUUCCAUGCCUGGCUUCCCCCGUCAACCCCCCCUCCCAUGGCCCCUCCUCCUUGCCAACAAUCUCCUCCCUCCGGAGUAGCCAGAGUUUUGACUCGUCCAAUGGGCUCGCGCGACUCCAAUCCUCCAUUCCCUCCCCAGGCCAGCUCAAUCAGAGGGUCCAGAGCGUGGGGAACUUCCCCACCAUGUCCCGUCACCCUCUAAAAGCGACGGCCUACGUCAGCCCCACCGUGCAGCAGGGUCCCACCUCCACCCCCCUGUCCACCUCCAUCAGUCUACACUCCAUCCCCAGCAGUGUCUCUCUGCCGCAGCCCCUCAAACCCAGCAGCAGCAGCAGUCUGCUUACUCAGCCCCUAAAAGCAAGCGUCAACCAGCCGGCUGUCCCUCGCAGCUCCCUUCCUCGUCCAGCCUCCUUUGUGGGGACAAGUGGAGUUCCUCGUCCGAGCAAAAUCAGCCAACCCACACGCAGUUUGCUGACUCCUCCAAAGAGCCUGGCUGCCCUUAGUGCCCUGAGGGACGGCAGCUGGAAAGACGGCUGCUACUGAACCCAGAAAAACAAACACGAUUCAAGAGGUGAACAGGGUAAUGCUUCAUUGGUCCCAAAUUAUUUUACAUUUUUAGUCGUCAGAAGGGGCCAAAGUCUUGGGCUGAGAUCCAAGAUAGAGUGACUGUUAACAUUUGUAAAAGGCGUACUCUAAAUGACAAGAGUAAAGACUGAGGACAGAAGGGGUCCAGCAGGCUGGAUCUGUACUCAACACCUGCAGAAACACAGACUGACACACUUUGAAAACAACCUGGCAAUAUGCUGAUAAUCAGCUGUUAAAUGUGAACUGGAUCUUCUUUGAUAUGUUGUUUUUGAUUGGUUGUUGUCGCUAGUUAAGGCUUUCAUUCAACAGAAUGAAAAUUUCUCUCCAGUUAAAAAGGUAAAGGGGGAAAAAAGCUUUUGUACAUGCUUUUAAUGAUUUCCUAUGACAAAUUCUGCAAUCAUUUUUUUGGUCAGACUGUUGCGUCAGAUAUGAUGUUGAACCAGGAGUUUUGUUACAUCCUGUGCCUCUUUGAAAGUCGUGUAAUUCAUGUCACUUAUAUUUAUUGGCUGGACCUCACAGCACUUUUUAUCAGAAUUAUGUUUAACACUUAAAAAUACAUGAUCUGAUUUGUUUCUCAAGUGCGAUAUGAUGUUUGUUAAAGUGAGUGUACACACAUUAUCUUUUGGCUAUCUUCUUUUCAAUAUUGUUUACAUCACAGCUAAUAUUUGAAAUGUUCUCUGAUAAACAUAACCGCUGCAAUCAUAUUGCACAUGAUGCUUUUUAAGGAUGGCAAGAAUCUAAAGAGGAGGUGAAUUUUUUAAAGUGAAUAAAAGCCUUUCAAAAUA